UGGGACAUAACGGUGAGGAGAAAUAGAGGAGGGGGGAGAAAAACAAGAAAUUAAAAAAAGAAAAGGAAGAAAGAGAAAGGGAGGGAGAGAGAGAUAGAAAAAAAAAAGAAAGAUGUCAUCUCAAUUUAACACCCGGUGUGGAACGUCGAACUGCGGCCGAGUGGGAGCGCUCUAGCUGAGGCCAGGACUGAACGCAAUCCCGAGGCUUCGACUCGCUUGGCCUAUUAAGGAAAACAAAAUAAAAACUAAAUUAACUAUUGUUCUGUAAUACGUUUUCGAAUCAGUACUUACAAUUAGCGUUGAAAUAAUGUCUUCAAAAUAUAUUUAGCUAGCCAUUUUAUUAAUAGCUAAUCAGAUUUUGUUUUGUUGCAUGAUUAGCUAGCUAGCUAACAGUUACUGUGAUUUCGAGUAGCUAGCUAUAUAGAAAUUCUACAAUUAAGUUAACUAAUAUUAUAGUGUUGACUAGCUAGUGUAUACGGGGAUUAUGUGCGUUUCAGUCAGUAAAUAAGCUUGCUAACCACCUAGCUAAGUGUUCAAACCAAAACGUAGCACCUAGCUAGCAACAAGAUUGUCAACAUCUAGGUAGCUAAUGUUAGCUGGUUAGUUAUAUGUAGCUAGCUUUCCGUUGAAAGUGAUUGCAUCGUAUUAGCUAGCUAGCUAUAAGCUAAUACAUGCAAACAAGGAACUACGUGCAUUUUGAUGAAACAGAAUUUAUUGCAAAUUACAUAUAUAUUAGUAUCUGCUCUAUAGCUACCGCCAUAAGAUAGCAAGCUAACGUUAACUUAAGUUAGGUCAUUUUGAACAGGGCGAUUAUCAUCAAUCUCGAUUUCAUUAAGAUCUGUUGGCUAUAUACCAUUAGUUAAGUAGGAUAUAUCGGCUUUGCUGAUAUUGUUCAUUGUAUAAAUAGUUUUAUAAGGACGAUUAUUUUCUUCAACGUUGUGGUUCAAAAUGGAUGCUGCUUGGAGUAAUUUUCUGUUUCAGAAUACGCCCACUCAAACCCAAGUGGAAGCGACUCUCCAAUCAGACCUCCUCCCAGUGCUCACAGGCUCUGCCCAGAAUCCACCCACAGAGCACAUAGCCCCACCUCCUUCCACAGUGGACACUGCUGCUCUGAAUGAGGAACCUUUACCAGCAAAGCCAGUGUCUCGGCCUGCUCGAGCUGCCCAUAUCUGCCCCCUUUGUAACAAGCAGUUCAAGAACAGCUACAACCUGCGGCGCCACCAGUCAGUCCACACAGGAAUCCGUAUGAAGGACAAAGCUGCCAGAGAGAGGGAGGCAGGAAUGAAGGAAGGAGCGGCAGCAGCAGUCGGACGAGUGGAGAGACAGACUGUACCUCUCUCCUUACUCCAUCUCUCUGUUCCUCCUCCUCUUCCCCCUCCUGCCAUGUCAGUUCCUCAUCCAUCUGCUCUAGGAAAUCAAGAAGGUGAAGUGGUUGCCAUGUCAGUCACCACAGCUAAUGUUACCAUGGCUGGCCCACCUCCUCCUCCUGCUGCUGUAGUAAUCGCUGGGGCAACGGUACAGCAGCGUGCAGCUAACCCCAGCCCAAACCCGGUGCGUAAGAACCACGCGUGUGAGGCCUGUGGGAAGGCCUUCCGGGACGUGUACCACCUCAACAGACACCGGCUGUCCCACUCGGAUGAGAAGCCUUACUCCUGCCCCAUCUGCCAGCAGCGCUUCAAGCGGAAGGACCGCAUGAGCUACCACGUGCGCUCCCACCAAGGAGGCGUAGAGAAACCCUACGUCUGCCCCCACUGUGCCAAGGGCUUCUCACGGCCUGAUCAUCUGAACAGUCAUGUAAGACAGGUCCAUUCAAAGGAGAGACCCUUCAAAUGUGAGACGUGCGAGUCUGCAUUUGCUACACGUGACCGGCUUCGAGCUCACAUGAUCCGCCAUGAGGAGAAAGUGCCAUGUCACAUCUGUGGCAAGCUGCUGUCUGCAGCCUACAUCACUGAUCACAUGAGGGUGCACAACCAAUCACAGCACCAUGCCUGUCACCUCUGCAACCGCAGCUUUACUACUCUUACAUACCUGCGUGUCCACGCACAGAAGCACCACGGUCAGGAGUGGAAGGAGAGUGCGGGUCAGAGAGGGGGAUUUGGGGGAACCGGGCCUGGAGGUGUCCUGUUAUGUCAACUCUGCGGGGUGCACUGCAAGACCCCCACCCAACUGCAAGGCCACAUGGGCACACACACCAGCCCCCACACCACCCCGAGCCCCAUCACCACCACCACGGCGUCCAGCAGCUCCAUCUCCCUGGGCAACAUGGUGUCUGGACCUAGCGUGUUUGUCAGCGGGAACACCGGGGUGGGGCUGCUGGUGUCCGAUUGUUCUGGCAUAGCCCCCCAGUCCCACAGCUAGCAGGAAGGACUAAAGGGAUAGGGGAGAGAGAGCCGGUGGGUGAGAGAGACCGUGGGCAACAGUCAAGGUGAGGGAGGGCAUGUCCUUUCUCUGCUCUUGCCAUGUGUUUUAUGUCCGUGAAUUUCUGCCUAUCCCCUCUUUUUCUCUCUUCGCCCCGUUUAGAGAAACGGUAUGGUCUACUCGGCGUGUGUAUGUGCUGUUACCUUUCUCUCUGUGUCAGUGUUACUGUACUGUUGUGUCCUGCAAGUGUGUGUGAAUCAUACUAACCCAUUCUCUCAUUCUGUCCUCAGUUUGUUGCUGUCCUUCACUCCGAUCACUCAGCCAGCUGUAGAGGGUAGGGUGUUCAGAGGAUCCAACAUGGAAUCCUAGUGGCUGUACCCCCACCCCCCCCCUCAGCCAUCCUCUUUACAGAAAACAAAAGACAGGAAUUUGGACUCAGAAAGUAGAGAAGGUUCAUCAUUUGAACUCAUUUACUUAGCAUGAAAUACACUAGCUAACCUGGUUAUGGAAAUGGAAGAGACAAACAAUAUACUGUUAUCUGGAAUAAAACGGUAAUCACACUACUAGAAUGGUUUGUUUAGGAAGGCUUGUGAUCCUUCUGAAGAGGUACCUGUAUAGUUUUGUUCAGCAGCAAAGUCAUGUAUUGUAAUGCUAUAUACUGUAUGCAGGUAUACCCCUUAUUCCAAAUAGUAUGCAUUCCAGUGGAAAAAACCACUAACCGAAACACAACAUAAGGGCAUCAUUUUAACUUUAAUUUAUUGGUGAUGUGUUCCGUGCAGCAUUGUUACAUAUCAAUGAAUGGUAAACGCUAAAUUUUAACAAAUCUUUAUAGAAGCAAGGAACACAAUACAUGUAAACCCAUGGUAUGAAUUCUUUAAAAGCAGUUACAAAUUAGGUGUACAAACAAACUCUAGGAGAAAUAUUCAAAAUCUGCAAUAAAGCCGUUUAAAUUUUCCAAAACUUUUACUUGUUCUUGCUCACUCGCUUGCUGACUGUCUCCCAGCCUCUCAGACUCAAGCCCCUGCAGGAUAAGAUGAAAGUAAAGUAGGAAUGAAGUGUUCAUUUUUCCAAAUGCAUCUUUUGUUUCUCACUAACCUAUAAGCCAAUUUGAGUCAAAAGCUUUUGUCUUAAAUUGGCUUAUAGCUUAGUGGAAGCCAAUUCUUGUUAUCUGUGAAGGCAGUAAUAUGGUAGAUAGCUCAAUUUAGACAAUUACUAAUUUAAUUAACAGUCUAUUGAAUAGAAGAACAGUGCUUCGCAGUGGACUUGCGGUCCAUCCCAGUGACGGCUAAUUGGCUUUUAGCUUUGUAUAUCCUUCAAAACAUUCUAAAAAUCGUGAAUGCAAUAUAAAAAUUGUAUUACUUAUUGAAAUCGGAUACUUGAGCUGCUUUUUUGUCAUAUUUAUUACAUUUUCAAAACUCAUAUAACAGCAGUGUCCAGUCUUGCCCAAAAAGAACCAAUGUGGGUGCAGGUUUUCGUUUCACAUCUGAAUCUACGGUUCAAGAUCUUGAUUGAAGACCAUGAUUAGUUAAUUAGUUGAAUCAGGAGUUGGAGUGCUAAACUGAAAAAUACACAUCAGCCCUUUUCACAUAAGAUUGGACACCCCUGAUCAAUGAAAAGAGGAUUUAUUAGGGAAAUAGCUGCAUUGACUGCUUUACUAUAUGAAUUUGGCAGCAUGAGUAGUGCUGUCAUGUUUGUCAGAUUGAGGGUUAUGGAUAACUAAGCCAACUCACCAUGAAUUGAUAUUAUUGUAGCAGCCCUUUCAAACCACAGCUUUCUUAUAAUCAUUUUCUGUGCAAUUACAUAUGUUACCUGCAGAUGGAGCUCCUACGCUCUCUCAUUGGAGACAUUGUUUGACUGGAUAGCCUGCUAACUGUAAGAAAUUUUAAACCAUCAUUGUCACCCUAUUUUAUUUGGCUACUGCUUCAACAUAUAUUUCUACUGUUUCCUAAAGAAUCCGCCUUUGAUUUGAUUUUAAGUAAGGCAUUGUGAUAGAAAUCAGGAUUCUCAAAGCGGAUGUUGCCACAUACACUUUCUGCCUAUACUGUUAACUUUUGUAAAAUGAGAAUAUUUGAAUUACUAGAGUAAUUUGUUUGUUAAAAUGAUUAGGCCUAUAGGUAUUAACAUUAAGCAAAAUGAAAGAUAUGCUUUCAAGUUGUAGACUAGGCCAUUUCCCAUUAAUACACCGUUUUAGGCGUAAUUGGGAUUCCAUGCAAGGAAGACAAACUGUCCCUUUAAAAAUUACAUUAGUUGUCUUUGUUUAACCAUGAAAAAGCUAAAUUAAUGGAUUAAUAGCAGUCACAAAAUGGUUUGUUCAUCUUGAGAAAUUCUCAAACUCCUAUCAGUACUGACCGUCAGUUUGUAGGCUACAGCGAUUGUAAAUAUCCGUAGUCAGGAUGCUGGUUAUACUGUAAGAGCUUUAAGAAUGGGUAAUCUGUCAGAACAGUGCUUGUGACUGAAAUGGUUGAGCAUAGCUCUGGUGCAUAUACGUUUGAACAUAUCAGCUUUCCAUUAAAAAGUUUGCAAUGAACUUAUUCAAAAAUGUUCUCACAGAAAGUCCACUUAAGGCUUAUAUGGAAAGGGACUGCAAGCAUACUGCUGUUGGGUUUGUCGCUUGGUGGUAGAGCAGCAGGACUGAUCAGAGUCCACCAGAGAUGGUAGCUCACUUCAUCCCUAACCCCCUUAAUGAUCAUAAUAAAAAACAAACACGUACAAAUUUGCUAGUCUCCUGACUUGCAAAUGUAAUGAUAAAGCGUCCUGUGUCUAUCUGCACACCAAACCCAAAAAUGUAAUCUGAAGGCUACAAUUUAACGUCCCAUAACUUUGUCAUACCUUUCCCUCACUCUUUAAUUCACUCUCCAGCUCCCUCUUCAAAACUAUCCAUGGCAUUUUCCCUCCCUGGUGAUUCUUCUCCCUCCUCUCCAAAGCCUUCGCACAUGGUCAUGUCACCACAUAUCCAGCCAGUCCUCCAGAACCCUGGAGUCUUUUCAAUGUCCCGUAGUGUCAACCCUCCUUUGUACCAACUGUGUCUUGCGUCCUAUUGCUGCCCCCAUCAUUUACGAUUCAUCAGUAUAAGCAACAGAUUAUAUACAGAUCUAAUCAAUAAGCCUGUCUUCACUGGACUCAUUCUCCCGGGUCUCUUGCCAUAGAAGCGGUCUUGCUGACACAUGCUCCAGGCCAUCCCAACAGCCCUGGCCAACAUCAUGUUGUUUCACUUUUCAGAUCCAUAAUUUUACAACCCAACCACGGCAUCAGAUUUAACCCAUAGUUUUUUUGUUAUUUAUUUUCCCUGAGUCUGCUUCUUUUGAACACCACCUUCGACUAGACUGAAUUACUGCUGCUCAACCUUGCACCGCCUCAAUUCUUGGCUGCUGGCGGUCAGUACAACUCAAAAAAGCGGUAACAAACACUAAAUAACUGGUCUAAAGUGGAGUAACCAGUCUCCUGGAAUCACAGUAGUCCUAUAGUAAAGAAAAGAUCUAAUUAAGCCAUGCCACCACAUUUUGUGCAAAAAAAUAACAUGCAUUGCCACCCAAAGGUGAAAACAUUUGUUCAUUUUCACCUGGAGCCCAACCCACAUUCUUGAUGUAGAAGUAGGUUAAAAUCAGCAUAAGCAAUUUAUUGCCCCAUCUCUGCCCCUCUUCUUGAUUGGUGGGUAAGUAUUAUGCAUUCAAACCGAAUGCUCAAAUUACCCUGCUCUUUCAAACCGCCUGUGGUCGUGUUUUGACAGCCUGGACAGUGUUCCCCCUGCCCCCAAUGGUUAUCACAGGUUUCACUUGUUGCGUACGGUCCACUGCAGUCAGAGCAGCACCAAGUUACUGAUAUCGCCAAGAUUGCGUCUGUACUUGGAUAUUCUUAUUAUCAUCUUGUAGUGAUUGUGCUUUCAUUCCACCUUUGCUGGAGAGACACAUUAGACUUCUUAAAGUAUGCUUCACUGUGCAUGGCUUUCACACUCGUGACUUUCUGGAGACCUCCAGGUUUUUGUGGUUGCCACGAUGUCUUCCCAUAGUGCCACUGGCUCAUUCAUAACAAGAUCAUGCAAUCUUAGUGCUGUGGGGAUUUGUUCCUUUCCUUUCCUUUACUCAAAUUUUGCUUUGUCUCUGAGUAACACUCAGGUUGCUUCAGUACAUACCCUUUGUUUUGGUAGCACAGCAUUCACAAAGAGAUUUUUGUUUCAGAAUUUUUUCCUUACUGUUUUUAAUUUAGGAAUAUAUAUAUUUUUUGAAGUCCAUUGGCCUUGCACAUGUAAACAAAGCUAGUGGCUGUCAGCAGGCUGUGAGUGUUCUGGGUGAAAGUCAUAAUCUUUGAAUUAUGGAUUUUCUUCAUUUUUAAAAUAUAUUCAUGUUUUUCUCUCGAGGAAACAUAUGACAACUUGUAUGGGGAAACACUGAAUGGGGGUAUAUCUGUAUGUGUAUACAGUAUAUAUACACUUAGUGAUCACAUUAUUAGGCCUGUGCACCGGCUUGUUCAUGCAAAUCUGCGGCCAGAAACGCUUUGUUCAUGAGAGUGGUCAGAGGAGAAGGGUCAAAGCUGGCAGGAAGGUGAUAGUACUGCAAAUAACCAUGCAUUACAACAGUGGUAUGCAGAAGAGCAUCUCUGAACACACAGUGCGUCAAACCUGAGUGGAUAGGCUACAGCAGCAGAAGACUUAAGUCAAAAAAAUAAGUCUAAUAAAGACCUAAUAAAGUGCUCACUGAGUGUAUGUCAGUAUCCUGAAAGGCAUUAUUGAUUAAACAAAUAAAUGUGACUAGUUGGUUGUUGCCAAGACAAUAUAGCUUUCCACCUUUAUUAGGCAGAUACAGUCAUGAGGCAUUACGACAUUACAGUACAUGCAAAUGUUAAAGGAGAGGUCUGUAGGUAUACUAUUGAAUGUCAUUACCAUGUCACAUAUGCAUUUUGAUUUUUGCUAGAAUCGAUUGACAGAUAUGUAUGACUUGGCAGUGUCUCAUAAAAAUGUAUGCGUUAACUUCCACAACACAACUUGGCUGGUUCCUUUUCCUUUGUCGUAGGGACUCAUCUAUGAACACGAUACUGUGCCAUUAUGUGUGUGGUAGGAUUAUACUGAAGUGUCUGUGUGCCAAUGCCACAUUGACGCAUUGUCCUACACCAGACACUAGGCCAGAUUGUAUGGCUCUAUCCCAGAGCUAAAGUCUUGCUGUGACCUAGUAUAAUCCAGGUUUCUUUGUGACAGUGGAUUUUGGCAAUACUUUUGCUGGAAGUGCAUAGAACAGGCAGUGGUUGCGCUAUCCCGUGGAAUGCAGGACAUUUCAAAAUCAGCGUUUUACACCAAUUUACUCACUUUGAUGAAAAUUACUUUUUGCCAUAAUGUGCCAACUCACAAUAACAAUUGUAUGUCAUUCAUAAUUUUAUCAUGGCACUUGUAACAGAAGUGGGAUGAAAUAAGAAGCAAAUAGACCAAUGUUAUGGCGUUCUGGGGAAAAGGUUUUUGCCACGAGUAAUAUAAAAAAAACAACACUAAAUUAAUGUUGGGCAAGAUAGCUACAGCGUGACAUCAAAUUUUUGGCUUUUCAUUCAAAUACAGCACUUUCAAUGCUACCAAAGGCUGUGUAAAUAUUAUGAUCAAUAAACAACACAAAUUUCAAACACUGAAAGAUGAUUGGCUCAAAGAAACAGUUAUUGUUUUGUUGUGGUUCAAGUCGAGGUCAUCUAAUCUUAAAAAAAUAAAUUUAAUAAAAACCUUUAAAAAAAAACCUUGGAAUAUCUGCAUUUAUAGAAUGCACUGUAAUUUCUAAUAAAAUUGUAAUUCAUUUUCUGCAUACAAAACUGUUAUCGUGACCACUGAUAGGGUUGGUGAUGCAUGACUGUCUUGGCUGUUGUCAUUCUCUCAUAGAUCCCAUUUAUAAGUAUCAGUACUGGCAUCAUAUUGUUGACUCGUCAAAGGUUCAGGCAACUGGACAUUGGGAUUCCUGCCCUCAUCUACAUUUCCACCGUGUUAAACCAUUGUACCAUAUAAAAUGACACCAGAUAUUUUAGCAUACAGCGAGAUUUUUAUUUUAUUUUUUAUUCACACUAUUUUUUGAAGAUAUAUAUAUAUAUAUAUAUCUUCAAAACAUAAGAGCCUAAUUUGUUGCAUAGGUAAUGCCUUUCAGUUUGUGUUGUGUGUGCAUGUGUUGGUUUUUUUUAAUGUAGCAAAAAUUUUGCAGUUCUUGUAUUAAAUUUGUGACUGGAAGGUUAAAGGGUGUAAUGGUCUAAUGUAAGCAGAAUAUACUGCUGAACCUUGAAGUAGGUACUGUACUUGUUCUCCUUGCUACAACCCAGCUAAUAUUUUCCCAACAAAAUACUUUUUUAUGAAUAUAUCAAUAAAUGUGUUCUUGUUUGAUUUGAAUUUGGUCAGUGUUACAAUAUUAAGUAUGGAUUGUUGUUUAUCAGAAUGAACUCUUAUUUAGUCAGUUCAGUUAAUUAAAAAUAAUUAUAGUGGGCUAAUCGGGUGACAAGAAGGGAAUGUUUUGUGCCAUGCUAUUAUCAGAUCAAACCAUAAAAUACCUCUCCUUCAGGAGCCUCCCCACCUCUGACAGUACAUCUUAAUGCCUUACUGUAAUGCACAUAUAUUUUACUCUGAACUAUUUUACAUUGUAGGUUAUGGGUUAUUUGACAAUAUUAAUAGAAUGCAUAUAUAUUUAUAUUUGUAUAUUUCUCAACAGUAUGUAUCUAGAAACACUUAGAUUGAAAAUGUAUUGUUUUAAUGCUUCCUAAGACCAUGAUUACAAUGAUGUUAUUUUGUAAUUUUGACAAAGUUGAAAUGAGCUGAUAACUAAACAUUCUAAUAUUGUGAAUAUCUCUGUGUAAGACUGUAUGACUGAGAGUGAGUGAUCAUAAUUGUCGGUCUGUCAUCAAGCUUAUUUUUCACUGCCCCUGUGCUUGUGUUGCUGUAAUACAAUGCUCCAUUAAUUCCUGUACAGACACACUGCAUCAAUAAGAAUGACAUUUACUUAAAA